AUGCUGGCAAGAAAUUACUGCUCUUUUUUUGGCCGAUUUCAACAGGCCCGACUAUUCUUUUCGCGACAUGUUUAUGAACCUCGUCUCAUAGCGAGAAAUCCUCAAGGACCAGAUAAAAAGUCUCUACCUGUUGAUCCUUUGAAGCCUGUGGUUUUACUUAUCGGUUGGGCUGGAGCAGAACAUGAACAACUGGAGAAGUUCAGCGACAUAUACACUGAGCAAGGGUUGGUACCAUAA